AGCAGUUCCUUGCUUCAGCCGUCUCGUCUCGUCUCGUCCCUCUCCGUCUCCGGUCUCCAGUCUCGCUGCUUCCACAAGUCCACAACCGUACCAGCACCACCGCGCCAUGGCGUCCUCCGCCGAUCCCGAUGCCGCCACGCCACCAUCCGCGCCGCAGCCGGAGCCCGCACGGAAGGCAGUCCGCGUGGUGGUGAAGGGGCGCGUCACGGGGGUGGGGUUCCGCGACUGGACUGCGUCCACGGCCGAGUCGCUCGGCCUCGCCGGCUGGGUCCGCAACCGCCGUGACGGCAGUGUGGAGGCCCUCCUCUCCGGAGACCCCGCGAAGAUCGAAGACAUGAUAACCCGCCGCCUCCCCGUCGGCCCCCCAGCCGCCACCGUCACCGCCGUCGUCCCGUCCACGGCCGAGCCCGUGGAUCCGUCCACCGGCUUCGAGAUCAAGUUCACCGUCUGACCCCCCGUCCCGCGACAGGUUCGCGUCUCGCCGCGCGGUCUUGAACGGUCUAUUCGUGCACUACUACUGCGAAUCUGCGAUUAAAGAUCAGAGGCGACAUCUAAUGUACCGUAGUCUGUUUACCUGAAUUCCUGAAAAGCUUUGCUAUCUGCUUGGGUUGGAAUUCAUGCCAGAUUGUGGGUAUAAACCUGUUU